CUUCCUCUUCCUCCGGCGCGCGGAGCGGGGGCGGGGAAGGUUCUGGCACCUUCGGUGCGGGCGGCGGGAGCGGUUGUGGCGCGGGGCCGGGGCUGCGCCAUGGCCAAGUGGGGCCAGGGGGACCCGCGGUGGAUCGUGGAGGAGCGGGCGGACGGCACCAACGUCAACAACUGGCACUGGACGGAGCGGGACGCGACCAGCUGGUCCAAGAGCAAGCUGAAGGAGGUGCUGGUGGGGCUGGUGGUGGAGAGCGAGGCCGGGCGCUGCGAGAUCAGUGACCUGAAGCACGUGGAAGGCGAAGCGUCCUGCAACAGCCGCAAGGGGAAACUCAUCUUCUUCUACGAGUGGAACCUGCGCCUCAGCUGGAGAGGUACAGUGAAAGAGUCUGGUGAGAAACAUAAGGGAUCUGUUGAAAUUCCUAACCUGUCAGAAGAAAAUGAGGUAGAUGAUACAGAGAUAAAUGUUAGCAAAAAGAAGGGGGAAGGUGAUGUCCUGAAGGAGCUUAUGAGAACUGAAGGAACCACGAAAGUCAGAGAGGCCUUGAGAGAUUAUCUGAAAGCACUUAAAACAGAGUUUACCUUGGGAAUGAUUCUGCCAACAAAAGCUACUGGUGGUCAGGAGCUGGCCACUGAGCGAAAACUAAGUGGGCACACCAUGCAAGAUUCUGUUUCACCACAGGAUACAGUUGGUGUAAAAAUCCCAACAGUGAAGAUACUGAUGAGAGAAAUCUUCAACUCCCCAGCACAUGAACUUUACAGCAUCUUCACAACUAAGGAACUGGUAGAGAAGUUUUCUAAGUGCCCUGCUGUGAUUGAAGCCGAGAAAGGAGGCAAACUUCAGAUGUUUGAUGGCUCUGUCAGCGGUGAAUACACAGAACUGGUGCCAAGCCAAAGAAUUGUCCUCAAGUGGAGGUGUAGAAGCUGGCCCGAUGAACAUUAUGCAGUGGUUGCCUUGAGUUUCAAGGAUAUGGCUGCUCAAACAGAACUGCAGGUAGAGUGCAAAGGAGUUCCCGACUCCAGUGAAGACAGCACGAGGCAAUGUUGGAAGCAGCAGUAUUUUGAAGAAAUCCAUGUUUUGCUCCAGCAGUCCAAAGACACCAUGGAAUGAUGCCAGCGCCAUCCUUUUGUCAGGGCAUUACUUUUUAUACUCUGUUAACAUUUGUUUUUGUUUUUUUAAAGAAGUAAUUUAUUUGUGGGAGGAAUAAAGGCCCACAUCUGAUACUGUA